CAAAAAACCAGCUUCGUCCCUCAUCUCUGGAUCCGAUCCCAAUUUCAAACCUGAGGCAGCUGCUUGGCCACCUUCUCAGCAUCAAAGAUGAAGAUGUCCAAGGCCCCACAGCUCCUGAAGAAGGCUGCGGCGAUGUGCAAGAGCAAGACAAGCGUGCUCGCAGGCAGGCUGCUGGUCCUCGCUGCGCUCCAGCGCCGCAGGAUGACAUCUGCCACUGUAAUCUCUCACAAGAUCCAUGCGCUCGUUGUGGCUGACCGGCAGAGAAUGGACUGCCGCAAGGCACUCAUGCUGCAAAACGCCGAGAGGAGACCGGCCGUCAUCCAUGGUGGUGACAUGGCUUCCGAUCUCUCUCACCAAUUGGCUCUGUUCGGUCAGGAAACUGGUCAUGGUGGCUGUCUCGACUGGACACUGCACCCCAUCUUCAGCGACGAUGAAAACUCCUACACUGAGGAUUCUGAAGACGAAGACGAUGGUGAUGUGCUACUCGAUGCGUGCCAUGAUGAUGACGAUGAGCCAUCGGUCAUGGACGUUAUCAGGAUCAACCGAGAGGUAGAGGGUUUGGAGUUCAACAUGGAGGAGGAGAUUGACGAGGCUGCCGAUAUGUUCAUCAGGAGGUUCCGGCAGCAGUUGAGCAAGAGCUUUUAGUGUCCUCGCAUCGUUGCAACGGCCUAGGGUGUUGCCUUUUUUGUUGAGGCACCCACAAAUUAGAAUUUUUUGGAGGAAUCAAUACAAGUAGGAAUUGAUACUGAGCACAUGAAUGAUCCUUUUAGUCCUUUUUCUUGAAAAAACUUCUCAAAGAUCUAACACCUGCGAAUUAUAGAUCCAUCUCCACUAUUGGAAUCACGUUUUCUACCCACCAUCCUCAUACUUCCCGAGUGUAUUUGUGGGGCACAUGGUAAAUACAGUUAUUAUUUACUAAGUGUAAAAUACAAAACACUUGGUAAUUUUUUAUCUUUACCAACUGCUUUCCUAUCGAAGGCAAUGUAAAGAUUUAGUACCUCAGUAAAGAAGUGGACAUGUGUCCAUCUUAACCUC